AGCUUAAAGAACUUAAAAAUAAAAAUGAAAAAUUAAAAGGUGUAAACGAGCAAUUAAUAGCUGAUAAUAAGAAUUUAAAGGCUACAAAUGAGAUUCUAAGAAAAGAAGCUUCGACAUAUCAAUCAGCUUUAGGGGAUGCAUUAAAUUUCCGUUUGAGUGAUGAAGAUAAUAAUAAUUCGGUCCAACUUUCAGCAGAUAUAAAUCUUUUACAGGACAGACUUGAGAAAUACGUUACUACUUUAAAAGGUCCCUCUAUAGACCUUGAAAUUAAAGCAAUUCAAGAACUAUAUAGAAAAUAUCAGUUAGAUACUCAACGUAUAAAGGAUAAAAUUCUAAUGAAAUCAGUUUUACAACGUUACGUAUUAGAAAAGGUUCUAGAAUUGGUAGAUGAACUCAAUCAGUUAAUGUCAGGAUAUCGUUACAUUAAAGAUGGAAAUAAAAGAAAGGUUGCAGAAGAUAUGGCAAAAGAUCUUAUCAAAGAUAUUAUCAAUAUAUUUAAAUUUCGUUUGAUGGUUCAAGAGCCACCAUGUGAAAUACAUUGGUUUAAUCAUAAUGACAAAAUAGAACCAAAAUUCAUGAAGGGACAAUGGGAUGAUGAUUGUUGGGAUGAUUAUGUUGUGGAUAUUUGCUAUUUCCCUUUGAUUGGAAUAGAAUUCGGUGAUGAUUUUAGUAAAUGCAAAGUGUGCACUCAUGCAAGAGUUUUCCCUCGAAAUAUUAAAGAUGAUACAGAGGAAAUAUUGUCAGAAAAUAAAAUAAAAGAAAGUCCAUUCAACAAUAACGGUGGUUCUCCAUUAAAAAAAAAUUUAACUGGGGCCAUAAGAAAUGGAAUCACGUUUAAAAAUAAUGAUGAAAUUAAAAGAGAUUCAGUUGAAAAUAAAGGAGAAUUAACAUUGGAGCUAGAAGAGUUAGAAGCUAAAGGAGUAAAUGAAAGGUGUUUGGGAUUAAUUUAUCCAAUUACAAGGGGAUAG